UCAGCACCCAGGUUGCCAGUACAGUGAAACAAACAUGGCGACAGAAUGGAGCGGGCAGCAAGGCUACGUUCUGACUCUAAUCGUUUUCUUUUGGAGUGCAGUGGGGGGACGCACUGAGACAGCCACUUCGAGUGUCCGCAGUAGCGGGAGCCAGGUGCUCGGUAUGCGGCUGGAGAGGAGCGACAAACCAGCCUCGACCACUGACGAUGGGGUCAUCCAAAUAACGGAGGAGAGCACAGUGCAGCUCCGGUUCUACGGAGUGCAGCUCAACUCGGGCACCUGGGCUCAGAUACGCUUCACAGAACGAGGGGAUGGGAGCGAGGAUGGGGGAAACAAUAACAUUAUUGACGACACACCUAACAGCACUUGUGUUGAUUUCACAAAAGACUUCAGCAUCGCAAACUACAUGAACAUCAGUAGCCGUGGGACCACGGGGGUACUCAGCAUAAACAUUAAACCGCUUCGUAAGAGCGAGCCGCACAAGGAGUAUGGGCUGUGCAUCAGGAGUUUGGCUGACGGUAGGUGGGCUCUGCUCGGGGAUAGCGACGGGAGACUGCGGGUGGUGGAGGGGGAAAAAACUCUCCUCCCCCUCUGGUUCCAGAUCAUCCUCAUCUGCUGUCUGUUGGUGCUGUCUGGCAUGUUCAGCGGGCUGAACCUGGGGCUCAUGGCUCUGGACCCCAUGGAGCUACGUAUAGUCCAGAGCUGUGGCUCAGAGAAGGAGAAGAAAUACGCCCGCAAAAUUGAGCCCAUCCGCAGCAAGGGGAACUACCUUCUCUGUUCUCUGUUGCUUGGUAAUGUCUUGGUCAAUACCACACUCACCAUCCUCCUGGAUGACCUGAUAGGCUCUGGGCUGGGCGCCGUGGUCGCCUCCACAGUGGGUAUUGUGAUUUUUGGUGAGAUAGUCCCCCAGGCGCUGUGUUCUCGCCACGGGCUGGCGGUGGGCGCCAACACCAUCCAGGUGACCAAGUUCUUCAUGUUGCUCACCUUCCCCCUCUCCUUCCCCGUCAGCAAGCUCCUAGACGUGCUCCUAGGCCAGGAGAUCGGCACUGUGUAUAACCGCGAGAAGCUGGUGGAGAUGCUCAGGGUGACGGAACCGUACAACGACCUGGUCAAAGAGGAGCUCAACAUGAUCCAAGGAGCGCUGGAACUCCGGAAUAAGACGGUGGAGAGCGUGAUGACUCCUCUGGCCCACUGCUUCAUGAUCCAGAACGACGCGGUCCUCGACUUCAACACCAUGUCAGAGAUCAUGGAGAGCGGCUACACACGUAUCCCCGUGUUCGACGACGAGCGCUCCAAUAUCGUGGACAUCCUUUACGUGAAGGACCUGGCGUUCGUGGACCCUGACGACUGCACCACCCUGAAGACCAUCACCAAGUUCUACAACCAUCCGGUCCACUUUGUGUUCCACGACACACGGCUGGACUCCAUGCUGGAGGAGUUCAAGAAAGGUAAAUCUCACCUGGCCAUUGUUCAGAAAGUGAACAGCGAGGGUGAGGGGGAUCCCUUCUACGAGGUGCUGGGAUUGGUCACCUUGGAGGAUGUCAUCGAGGAGAUCAUCAAAUCAGAGAUACUGGACGAGUCCGACCUUUAUACUGACAAUAGGAACAGAAAGAAGGUGGACCCUAACAAGAGAAUGCGUGACUUCUCUGCCUUUAAGCACACAGAGAACGAGUGCAGGGUGAAGAUCUCUCCUCAACUGAUGCUGGCUGCUCAUCGCUUCCUGGCUACAGAGGUGAGUCUGUUCAGUCCCAGUCAGGUCACUGAGAAGGUAUUACUGAGGAUUCUGAGGCACCCUGACGUCAUCCAGGAGAUCAAGUUCAACGACAGCGACAAGCGCUCUGCUCUGCACUACAUCUACCAGAGAGGCAAACCUGUCGACUUCUUCAUACUCAUUCUGCAGGGCCGAGUGGAGGUGGAGGCUGGAAACGAGAACAUGAAGUUUGAGACAGGACCCUUCUCCUACUAUGGAGUCAUGGCACUGAGCACAGCAUCACUGGAGUUCCGUUCUCCUACUCACAGUAGUGGUCUGAACCGCUCGGCGUCGCUGAGCUGCACUGAGCGUGGCGCUCCCGGAGAAUGCAGCUCAGUAACCGCUAGCAACACGCAGCUCACCACCUGCCAGUACACACCAGACUUCUACGUACGUGCUCUUACUGACCUGCAGUAUGUCAAGAUCACUCGUUCCCAGUACCAGAAUGGUCUGCUGGCGUCCAGGCUGGACAGCACCCCCCAGUCACCCGAGGGGAGCCACCCCCACCUGGACAGCACCUCCGCAUCCCUGCCCCCCAUCACCACCCCAGCCCUUCCCCGCACCCCUCUCCCCUUGGCCACCCCACCCUUCAAACACCCCCUUGCCAUCCCUCAGCCCACCCCUCCUCCCACCGACCGUACCCCCUUACCCCAAACCACCAUCCCCACCCAAGUCAAUCCCCGCCCGUCCCUGCCCCAAUCCACCCCUCCUCCCAUAAAAGGCAAACCUCUGCCCAAGACAACCCCUUCCCCCUUCUCGGGUGCACGCACCCCUCACCCACCUCCAUCUUCCUCCUCAUCCUCUCUCCCCCACCUGCCUCAUCCCCUCACCUCUCUCCCCCACAAAUCCCCCCCUUCUGCAAGGCAAGGGGGGGAGAAUGGGCCAGGGGGGGAGAAUGGGCCAGGAGAGGAGAAUGGGCCAGGUGAGAUGACCUCUCUGCUCUCUGAGCGGCCACAGAACUGCCUGGGUGGCACACGCAGACCCAGCUACCCACAAACACACACACAACACCCUCACACACACCAACACCCGCACACACACAUGCACACCAUCAGUCACGCACACACCGAGAGCACCAUCUGACAACUACCCCUGC